GAAUGUCUAAUCCUCAAGAAGAAGUGUAUAUUGACUACUUAAACUACGAAUGGGACUCAUUCGAUGAGUUUCAGCAAGGGUUGAAAGAUAUACUUGAUAAUUAUUUAGAAAGUAUGAAAGAAUCAGAUCCUUCAGCUACAUCAAUUCCUGCUUUGGAUAAACAACAGCUUAUAGAUCAGGCCAAGUCCUUUUUUUACUGUUCUCAUACCGGAAACAUUUUAAACUUGGACGAUUUCAAUCAAUGGAAGUUACAUAACGGAGAUAAAUAUGAUAAGAAUAAGAAAAUCGUUGAAAUACCGAACGAGGAAGAGGAGGAGCCGCAACUGCUGGAACCACCAUAUUCUUCCAAUUACCAAAACCUUGUUGAGUUGAUAGUUUCUGGUAAACCUGUUCCUGGAAUCAAACAGAUUCCAGAUACGGUAUUGACUGACCAAAGUUCUAAAUCGGAUGCUAAGCAGAGAGUGAAGCCUUGGGAAAAGAAUAAAGGGACUGAGGAAAACGAUAUUACAGAACAAAUAUAGAAGCCAAAUGUCUAAUGAAUAAAUUAUGAUCUAGAAGUGAAUAUGUAGUCUAUAUAAAAUGUCAUUAAUGUAAAA